GUAAGUCGACAGUCGCCAUGUUUUAGAUAGCGAGUCGUUCCCGCGCAUUUCUUGACAUCGCACGCGUCAACAUGAAACUUGUCAUUUUAUUGUCUAUUUUUCUUGUUCUAUCUGUAAUUGCUGCUCCACAGUCUAAAUUGGAAUAUGGAAAUAAUGAUAGCAAACAAGUUCUUGAAGAGGUGGUCGUGGAGUCUGUUCUUCACGUGAAGAGUCCUUCAGGACGACAAGCGAGAACAAACACGAGAACUAACUUGCAUGAUGGCGCCCGUAUUUCUGAAACAAAACCAAAGUUGAAUUAAUGGACAUAAAGCUUAUGUUUAGUUAAAAUAAAAUUCAUUGUAAAUUGAUGAAAAUAAACAAAUUUUACCAAAAUUGUUUAAAAUAUGUCUGUAUCCAAAAUAUGUAUAUCAAAGACUAUAUAAUAUUAAUGUAAUGUACAUAACUACUCGUAUAUUCCAUGAGACAGAGAUUGUUGAUGGAUUGUGUAUUCUCAGUAUAAUGAAGUUUAUGAUAAUUAUUUUAAGAUAUAAAUUAACUUGACUUAUAUUUCUUUAAAAAUAUUUAAGUAUAAUGUGAAGCGUCCCUGGUGGCUUAGACAGAUAGACAGACAGACAUAAUAUUAAUUGCCAACGAAACACACAAAAUAAUAAUAAUAU